GUCAAUAUUGACAGUUGUUAGUAUUUCGUUUAUUUUGUUUUGAAGUUCUCGGUUCUUAAUUCUUCGACAAUAAUUUAUCCAGUUAUACGGUUUAUUACUUAACGAAAUAUAGCAAAAAUGAGUCGCAGAAAACGUGCAAAGGUAGAAACCCGGGAACUAGAUGAAAAAUUAAAACAGGAUGAUUCAGAAUCCGAUCAAUCUGAAAAGAGUAAGAUUACAUCUUCUAGUCCUACCUCGGUUGGAGGUCGAAGGGAGUCGUCUUCGAGUCGUAACACGGACGCGAAAGAGAAAAAGGACGAAGCAAAAGCUGAUGAUUCUAAGAACGAUGAUAUUGAGGAAAUCAACUAUAAAGAAAUGCUCAACAGCCUUGAAGGUGCAGCAUUUCAAUCUCGAUUGCCAUUUGACAAGAUGUCAUCUCUAGAAGCUGAGUGUUUUUCUGAUUUGCAAGGAGCUUCAAGCCAUGCUUUUAUUCAAAUAAGAAACCGAAUUUUAAAACUUUGGUUUGAAGAUCCUAAGAAACAGUUAACUCAAGAAUUGGCUGUACAGAAAAUGGAGCCUCCUUACAAUGGUGACCCAGCUCUAGUGAUGAGAACUCAUGCAUUUUUGGAGAGACAUGGCUUUAUAAACUAUGGUAUCUAUGAACGAACUACACCAAUACCUGCCCCACCAAAAGGAAAACAGAGACCGAAAGUCAUAAUAAUUGGUGCAGGGGUGUCUGGUUUGGCUGCAGCUCGGCAACUGCAGUCAUUUGGAUGUGAAGUGGUUAUCCUUGAAGGGAGAGAUAGAGUUGGCGGCAGAAUCGUUACUUACCGGAAAGGACCUUAUGUAGCAGACUUAGGUGCUAUGGUGGUGACCGGUUUGGGUGGAAAUCCAGUGACAACUUUGUCGGUACAAAUGAACAUGGAAUUGCACAAGAUCAAGCAGAAGUGUCCUCUGUAUGAAGCUACAGGAAACCAGGUGCCUAAGCAUAAGGAUGAAAUGGUUGAGCGUGAAUUCAACCGUCUUCUAGACGCCACGUCCUAUUUAUCACAUCAAGUGGAUUUCAAUUAUUACAAUGAUACGCCUGUCUCUCUCGGCCAAGCAUUGGAGUGGGUUAUCAAGCUUCAACAGAAGAAUGUUAAACAUAAACAGGUCCAACAUCUAAAGGCUGUUAUAACAUUGCAAGAGAGACUCAAGUCAAAUAUUAACAAAAUGUCGGAUAUCAAAGAACUCUUGCACUCAAUGAAGGCCGAGAAAGAUGCUUUGCUCGUUGAGAGAGAGAAAGGUGCGACUGGAGACGCGAGCAUUCUACAAGAGUUUAAUUACAGACGCCUUAAUAGAGAAAUGAAUCUGCUAUGUAAUGAAUAUGAGACCCUGGUUUCAACUAACGCUUCUAUUGAAGAAAAGUUGGCGCAACUGGAAACUAAUCCACCCAGUUCUGUGUAUUUGUCGGUGCGUGACAGACAAAUAUUGGAUUGGCAUUUCGCCAAUUUGGAGUUCGCUAACGCAACGCCAUUGGGCAACUUGUCACUCAAACACUGGGAUCAAGACGACGACUUCGAGUUCACUGGGAAUCAUUUAACAGUGCGCAAUGGCUACUCCUGCGUACCGGUGGCCUUGGCUGAUGGCUUGGACAUCAAGCUUGGUACAGCAGUCACGGACAUCCAGUAUGGAGGGCCAGGAGUUACUGUCAAGGCUGUCAGUACUCGGAAUCCAAGUCAACCGCAAACUUUCAAAGGUGAUGUUGUACUGUGUACACUGCCCCUGGGCGUGCUGAAGGUAGCUGUGGCGAACAAUGGACAAAACCAACAGAACUUCGUCAAAUUUGAUCCCCCAUUACCCGAUUGGAAGGUUGCAGCUAUUAAAAGGCUUGGUUAUGGAAAUCUAAACAAAGUUGUUCUAUGUUUCGAACGAACAUUCUGGGACCCGAGCGCCAAUCUUUUCGGCCAUGUCGGAACGACCACCGCUAGCAGAGGUGAAUUGUUCCUGUUUUGGAACUUGUACAGUGCACCGGUUUUGUUGGCUCUCGUAGCAGGGGAAGCAGCAGCUGUCAUGGAAAAUGUCACAGAUGACGUCAUUGUAGGGAGAUGCAUCGCUGUCCUGAAGAGUAUUUUUGGCCACGCCGCGGUACCUCAGCCUAAGGAAUGUGUAGUUACCAGAUGGCGUGCCGACCCUUAUGCUCGUGGCUCCUACAGUUUUGUGGCUGUUGGUUCAUCUGGUACCGACUACGAUCUACUAGCAGCCCCCGUUCCUGGAGCCCCCGGAGAGAAUAGACUCUUCUUUGCCGGUGAACACACAAUGCGCAAUUAUCCGGCGACUGUCCACGGUGCCUUCCUAUCUGGUCUUCGCGAGGCUGGCCGCUUAGCAGAUCUCCUAUUGCCGCAACCACCAAUCACGAACGCGAGCGUUGCUGCAGCUACCGCAGCAGCAUCGGCUGCAGCCAAUCAGUCUUAGUUUAAGCUCCGCCAUUUUCUUGUUCCUUAGUUUGCUCAAUAUUUGAUUUUUUAAUUCUCUUCUUUUGAUUUGUUCUUUUUUAUGAUAAUGAGAUUACGUGUGACUUAUUCUUGCAUUUAAAUUUCUUUGAAAAGUGUGUAAUAAUUAUAACAAUAAACCUUUUUUGCACUCGGAAAAGGAUUGUGUAAAAUCUAUAAUAUAAGCAAUUUAAGACUCAAUUGAUUUAGCCAAUUGAUAGGAGCUGAGAAGCUUAGUGUUUAAGGAUAUAUUAGCAAAUACUUAUUUUCUUUUCACCUUUUUUACGCUAGAAAAAAUUUAAGCACAUAGCA